CACAUCAUUCAUGGCUCCCCGAGCCCUGAAAGGGGCAGUAGCAUCUCAGAGCCAGAGAAAACAGCCACCUAUUUCUCAGAUAUCUUGCCUGUCUGCUACAAACCCUGUUGUUGAAGCUCUUAGAAAACCACCUGAGUGAAUAUGAAGGCCUUGGAGAAGAAGAAACAAUGUCCAAAGAUCAAUGAUGUGGAGAGUGGAGCAUCUCAGACAAGCAAUUUGAUACACGUAAGGAGCCACCUAAGGAGGAUAAUAAAGAAACUGGUUCUCCUCAAAAUGCUCAAGAGUCCAAACCGCAGAAUCGAGUGGCUUUGUGAAUUAGCGCACAAGUACAGGAAGAUGUUAGCGAUUGGGGGUGAUGUGGAUUCAGGUGCUUCCUGCUCCUGGGUGUGCACCCCCUCUGAGGAACCUCCGGCACCUAAUGUCAGCGUGAUUGAUGAGCCUGCCAUGGAAGUUGAGGAAGUUGCUAAAGACAAGGCAGCUGAGCCUAAAUCGUCAACUGAGGCAACAUCCCCAGAGCCGGCUUCUUCAGAACUGUACGAGGCGCUCUCCUUGAAAGGCCUGCCCCACCGGAUUCACAUGCCUGCGCGCAGAGUGCUCUGUAGACCAUCAAAUUUGAGAUGGGUCAAGCCGUGCUGCACACGAUCGUGUAGUGAGACUCUGGAGCAUGUCGUCACCAUCCCUUAUUCAGAGUGUCAGAAGCGGCAUCCAAGCCGGGACUGACUGGAAUGAAGCUCAUUUCAGAGGUUCUGAAGAUAGUGAGAGGAGCCUUGAAGACAUAGAUCUAUUGCGUGUUGAUUCAUAUUCCUGCAAUAAAGGGGAUAUUGAGCAUCCUUCAAACACAAAA